UCAUCAAUGAUUCGUUUUGGUUUUCUUGAAAAUAAAAACGUUUCGGCUAUUUCGAAACGAAAUUUUAAUCCUUGGUCCCAAAAUAACAUUUCUACUCUUCCCAAAUUAUUUUUACUAAAAUUUUCUUACUAAAUCACCAAAUUGCCUCCUUACACACUGUGCCCCAAGAAGUUAAAAAACUUGCGCAGAGGACAUUUUCAUCUCCACCAUCUCCUCUUACUAAUUCAAUCACCCACAUUUAUUUGAUAAACUACAUUUGGUAUGGAAUUUGGUAUUCAUGUCUUUACUUGGCCCCAAAAACUUGUCUUGACUUUUCAAAUUGGACAUUAUUUUGGGACAUCACCAAAUGGAAAGAGGACCUAUUUUAGUGGGAUGGAUUUAGUACCAGAGUUUUCAUUUUGCUAUGACAUUGUUAUAUUUCAUUUUUCUCAUCAUACUCACACCAGUGAAAAAUUGAGCAAUUAUGCUUAUAUUUCCCUUUAAUUUGGAUUAACAAGUUAUAAAUUUAUCUUCUGGCUUUAAAAAUUGUAUGCCACAUCUCUCAACCUAUCUAAUCUCUACUUCAUUUGUGACUAUCCUUCUCUUCGCUUUAUUCAGCUCCUAUAAAGUCACAUUUUUGGAUCCACAAGCCGUUUUUUUAAUGCAAAUCAUCUAUUUUUCAGUUCCUAUAUAAUAAGCUCAAAACUUAGUGAUAGCUGCAUAAGUAGCCUUGAGGAAUUUUAUGUAUUUAAUCAAGGUUGAUUGUUAUGCAUUUCGUAACUUGGAAUGUUAAUGUAAAGAUAAUUAGUGGGCAGACUAUUUUUCCUAGAUACUAAACACUAUUCUGAAGUCUAAGCUUGGACAUACAUUGCUACAACUAAAUUUAUCUCCAAGAGCCAUCCCGUGUGAAACAAGGUUGGUUAUCCAAAAUUAUUAAUUAUUCGAAGACAUCAACUUAAUAUUAAUAGUUUGGGGGACUACUGAAUUUUAUACUGGUCCAUGGAAAAUUUUGCUGCUUGUAUUUGUUUCUUUUGCCUGGUGGAGUGUAACCACCAAUGUAUGUUUUUUUGAACUUGCUCAUUUCCUAGUAUAACCCAUAACAAUAAACAGUCUAUUAAGAGUCAUCACUGAUAUCGCAGUCUAUUCCUUUUAUAGCUGAUGCUUAAACAGUUAUCUAAGGGUGUGUUAGUUUUUUUGUUUUCUACCAUCCUUCCAAACUGGACUUACAAUUAGUUUGAGAUAUAUAAAAAGGAUGUAUCGAGUAUUCCCAGUCAUUAUGCAUGGGAAUUGAGUAUUUUCUCUUCCAUGAUAGGUUGUAUUUGAGGAUCUGUUUUCCAAGUAUUUUUUAUCAUUCUUCAGCUGGGGGCAAUUAUCGCAGUAGCUACUAUUCAUCUCAGUUUGUGUUUAAACUUGAAAUAUUCAUUUAAACUCAGAUAAAUGCAAGCCUUUUUUCUCCUUUUGGACAUGUGUAUGUGAUACUUGACAUGAUUUCUCUACAUGGGGUUGCAGCUUAGGAAAAUGCUUGAUCUUCUGGUGCAUGCAUCUCAGUGUCAGUGUCGUUCCUCCCUUUGCCAGUAUCCAAACUGUCGCAAGGUGAAGGGGCUUUUCCGGCAUGGGAUGCAAUGCGGAACACGUGCCUCUGGAGGCUGUGCUGUCUGUAAGAAAAUGUGGUAUCUCCUUCAACUUCAUGCCCGAGCAUGCAAAGAAUCUAAAUGCCAUGUACCACGUUGCAGAGACUUGAAGGAACACUUGAGGCGGCUUCAACAACAUUCAGAUUCCCGGCGAAGGGCUGCUGUAAUGGAAAUGAUGAGGCAACGAGCUGCUGAGGUUGCUGGUGAGGUUGCUGGUAAUGUGGAAUGACCAUGUUGUACAAAUAUAAGUGGCCGCUCUGGAUAAAAGUUCCCUCAAUGCUCUGUUAGUAGGAUGACACUGGGCAUCAACUGCAGAGGUGGAUUUGUAUCUUUCGAGAUGGUGAAAAAUUGCAGGAUGUUGAUUGAUUAUCACUCGGCAAAUGCCUUCAUUCAUUUCUUCUACAACUAAGCUCCAUCUUAAAGUUCGUUUGUCAGAGCUGGAGCUGGCCGUGACGGAGAAGAGCUAUAGAUGUUUACGAGAGCGGAAGGGCACAGAUACUGUCCUUUCUGUAGCUCAAACUUGAUAAUUCUUUGAUUUUAUUCUCUUUUAUUGCUUCAGUGCCAUCGUCAGAUGGGCAAUGGACCUCAGUGGACCCAUUCUGUCGUAAAUGUAAAUCUUACAAGGAAUUUGGGAAGGGGAUCGUUUUAAAUUAUUAUUAUUUUUUUGUUGUGUUAUUUUUUCAUCCUUAUUCCCUCAAGUGUUAAUGCUUUCUGUAGGUUGUAUUUUUACCUUGAGAUGGAGAGAAUGAAUUGCAGGUACAAAAUA